AUUAUCACCAUGAAGAGAAGAGAGCGACAACUAAAGUUGCAUGAUUCCCUGAUUAACGUGCUUUAUGCUCCACCUUCACCACCACCUCAUCGGAACGAAUUUGAUGAACAAACCCUCACUUUAGCGCGGGAGAUCGCCAAUUCGGAUCAUCAUCGUAUUAAUACGUGCGAAUUGGAGGGAGAAGAGGAAAGGAGCUUAUCGUCGUCAAGUGAGGAAGAGGGUGGAUCAGGGUCUCAAAAGCUCACAAGAGCCCAGAGAAAGAGACUUCGGAAAAAGAAACUCAAAGAAGUUGCUUCCCACCGUAGACUUAUCAUCGGCCCGCAGUUGCCUUCGACAGGAGGAGAUGAUCAGAUCGAUGGUGAUGGUAGUGAUGGUCCUGAAUACCAACAGUCGGAAGGUGUUCGACGGAAUGUCGCUGAGGGACCUGAGAGUGGAAAUAAUCACAACUUUAGUAAGACCCUGAAGCCCUGUUCAGCUUCUUCAGGAGGAGAGACACCUUCCACCAUUAAAGUAAAACAUAGAAGGAUGUCUAAGAAAAAGGCAAGGGACAAAACAAAGACUACCGAUCUCUGCCAUGAAGCUUCAAGUCCUGCUGAUAAAAUCAAGGAUCAAAGACAUGGCUGUUGAGUAGUUUGCUGUUUCCAACCUUUUAAUCUUGGACUCGGAUCUCUUAAAGGGUUGUGACAUUUUACAUGGGUAAGUUCUGUUCUUGAUCAUUCAUCUUAUUUGUAUGAUUAAAAUGUAUUUUAGGUUAGCAAUAACCAAUGGACGAUGGGGUUCAAAUCCUUUAGAUGUUGUUCAUCUA